AUGUCUACCCCAAGCAUGAACGAUGUCCCCCAGUGGAAUGGAUUUGUUCCAAUGACUAUGAAGGUAGCUGAAGUAGGCACUACGGAAUGCUUAGAACUUGGAAGAGAAUUAAAACCAGAGCCCGUGUCAAAUGCACCAACCAAGGCCAAUCGGGCCAUUGGAACAUCCCGAUCCAAGAGGGCCCUAAUUGUGCUGGCUCACUCAGAGAAGACAUCCUUCAAUUAUGCUUUGAAAGAAGCUGCUGUGGAGGCUUUAAGUAAGAAAGGAUGGGAUGUCACAGUGUCGGACCUCUACGCUAUGAAUUUCAACCCAUUAAUCUCCAAAAAGGACAUCACAGGUGCCCUAAAGGACCCUGAGAACUUUAAGUACACAGUGGAAUCUGUGCAGGCUUACAAGGAGGGCAGGCUGAGCUCAGACAUUGUUGCAGAACAGAAGAAGCUGACAGAUGCAGAUCUGGUGAUAUUUCAGUUCCCACUACAGUGGUUCGGGGUUCCUGCUAUCCUGAAGGGUUGGUUUGAGAGAGUUUUAAUUGGAGAAUUUGCCUAUACCUAUGCCAACAUGUAUGACAAGGGGCCCUUUAAGAACAAAAAGACUGUGCUCUCCAUCACCACCGGAGGGGCUGGCUCCAUGUAUUCACCACUCGGUAUCCAUGGGGACAUGAAUAUCAUCCUCUGGCCAAUCCAGAGUGGUAUUCUACAUUUCUGUGGCUUUCAAGUCUUGGAACCUGAACUUAACUACAGCAUUGGGCACACUCCAGCAGAUGAACGGCUUCAGAUCCUGGAAAGAUGGAAAAAACGUAUGGAAAACAUCUGGGAAGAGAAACCAUUGUCCUUUACUCCGAGCAGCUGCUUUGACCUCAACUUUCAAUCAGGAUUCUUGAUGAAAAAAGAAGUGCAGGAAGAAUGUAAAAACAAGAAAGUUGGGCUUUCUGUUGGCCACCACAUGGGCAAAAGCAUUCCAACUGACAACCAGAUCAAAUCCAAGAAAUAGGACAUCAUAAAACUUAUUUUCCUCCAAGAAUUUUUAUUUUUUAUUUCAUUUUUAAAACCUUUUUGGACCUGAAUUAUCAGGACUCCUCCUUCUUCUGUUUUGGGGGAUUGAGUGAGAGAGACAGUUCAGUGGCACUCAAAAGUUUUGAGAUAACUUUUCAAUUUGUGUUCUUAACUUUUGCAGGUCCAAAGCAUUGUCCCCUAGGUUGGUUAAACCUGAUGUAAUCCCUAAUUCUUUUUGUUAGUUGAAUUUUACCCAUAUAGUGUGUCAAAAUCUGGAGAUUAAGUAGAAUUUUUAUUGUUAAAGUACCAGUUAGAAUUUAUGUAAGUAGGACAUCAUGCAUAUACUUAAAAAUAAAAACAUUUAUUCACAUGA